AUGUCGUCGGACUCCGGUAUCAACGCAGCGUUGCUGAAUCUCUGCGCUCAGCUGCAGGACGGUGGCACCAGGUCCGCGGCCAAUGAGGGCCCAUCCGCCCCGAAUUGCGCCGAAGGAUCUCAAGCAAUGGCUGAGCAGUCCCGCACGAGCGCUGCUCCGUGUGCUACAGCACUGGCUGCUGUCCCCGCUGCAGCUGCUCAGGACCCAGCGAGACCAGCCUCUGACUACGAGUGGCUUCGCAGCGCCCUCGCCUCGGUCGAGUCACCGGAGAAGCGGGUCAAACAGCUUCUUUUCAACAUGGAGAACCUAACCACAGAAGGGAAACCGGGGCCCUUGGCGCAGGAAGAGCGGCUGGAAGCAUUGGAGGAACUGGCUGACAUGGUCGAGGAUGUCAACUGGGCAGCGGAGUUUGCACUCAUGCAAGGGCCGCAACGCCUUCUUGACGUGAUGCGUCGUGAACGCGCUGCGCACCCUCUCCUUGUGACCGGAAGCGGAGACGCUUCCGCCAGUGUGGAGGCCGCUAUCGGCACUGGCAGAGGGGAUCCAGAGGUGCAGACUGCUACUCACGAUGGUAUCCCUUCGUCAGCAGUACCGCUCUUCAUAGAACUCGCCAUGAUCAUUGCCCACUCAGCACAGCUGAACGAACCAGUGCAAGCCGCGUACGGAGCCGCUCAUUGGGAAGACAUCAUUCUCCCCUUCAUGGGUGACUGCAUCGCAUCAGUUCAAGAUCUCCUGCAUGUUGGGAGUGACGGCCACGUGAUUGGCGCACAGGGUGACAGUACCGAGGCUGCGAGUGUAGCUGCAGGAGCCGCGUCUCUGAUGCGCCUGCUCGGCGCCCUGCUGCAUGCGUGCAGCUGCCUAUGCCGCGAUUCCUCACCAAACACCGUUGUGUUUUUCCAGACCAGCGGUUUAGCUGUUCUUAUGGAUACGCUGAGACUCACGCGAACGCUGCCAGAGUCGCGUUUGGUGGGCACAGCAGAGGAUGGACGCACACCCGUGGCUGUCACCAACGUCGCCUCAGACACAGCAUCUAAUGAGGAGGUGGACGACAUCUAUGCCCCGCUGCUUGGCACGAUGCACAAAGUGGCUGCGCGGGCCCUCUUCUUUGUUGCCUACCUGGCCUCCACCGGCGUAUCCAGCGAGCAGAUUAUACAGCUCGCAUGCCUGCACGCGGAGUCGGGUAACAGCGGUGAGUCAGUCCAAAAGGCGGCAGCGCAUGCCCUCACAGCGCUGGUGGAAAAGAGUCCAAAGGCGAUCAAGGAAGUCGUGCGCGCCCUCAUGCCCCAUCGACUUAAGGAGUGGCGGACACAAGUACAGCGCGCCAUGGACGACCGAGAGACGCAGGACGAGCGCCUGCACUUCCUGGAUGCACUCGAUCGGAUCAGCUGA